AUGCUCGGACAAAUUUCCAUCAAGAUCAAUGGGGCCGAUUGUGGAGCCGAGGCUCUACUCUUGGCCUUGAUCACCUCCAUCGGAGGCUUUCUCUUUGGCUAUGAUACUGGUCAGAUCUCAGGAAUGCUCCUGUUUGAGGAUUUCACCAACCGGUUUGCCCAAAAGCAUGAUGACGGUACCAUCGCAUGGGUGUCCAUCAUCAAGUCGCUUCUGGUCUCACUCAUGAGCAUUGGUUGUCUGAUUGGUGCCUUGUUGGGUUCAUAUACGGCCGACUGGUAUGGCCGGAGAAAGAGUUUGAGCAUUGCCGUUAUUGUCUUCCUCAUCGGCAACACGCUUCAAAUCACGGCAAUGCAUUCUUGGGUGCAUAUGACCAUUGGUCGACUGGUAGCUGGCUUCGGCGUUGGCGCCCUAUCCAUCGGUGUGCCAAUGUUCCAGAGCGAGUGUUCUCCACGAGAGAUCCGUGGUGCUGUGGUCGCGUCUUACCAGCUCAUGAUUAGUCUGGGCAUCCUUGUUUCGAACCUUGUCAACUAUGGAGUCCGCGAGAUCCAGGAAUCAGAUGCCUCUUGGCGUGUGAUCAUCGGUAUUGAGAUGGCUUUCUCUCUUCCUCUCGGCCUUGGCAUUCUCAUGGCCCCAGAGUCACCCAGGUGGCUGGCCAUGAGAGAUGAUUGGGAAGGAUCACGACUUUCUCUCGCACGACUUCGCGGCAUGAAGGAUGACCCGAAGAAUCCAUUGGUUGAGGACAAUCUCAGCGAGAUGAGGAUGCUGCUGGAAGAAGAACGCAGAGCCGGACAAGGUACCUGGCUUGAAUGCGUCGACCCACGCAACCAGACCCCCAAGGUUGUGUAUCGAACCCUCCUUGGCAUGGCUGUUCAAUUCCUCCAACAGUGGACUGGCGUCAACUACUUCUUCUACUAUGGAGCUACGAUCUUCCAAUCUGCUGGUAUCGAUGAUCCAAUUUUGGUUCAACUGAUCCUGGGUGCUGUCAACGUCGGCAUGACCAUCCCCGGCAUCUACGUCUCAGAACGAGUGGGUCGUCGAUGGCCUCUCUUCUUGGGCGCUCUGUGGCAGACAGCCUGGCUUAUCGUUUUCGCCUCUGUCGGCACAGCGAUCAACCCCGAGGGCAACGGCGCUGUUGGAAAGGCCAUGAUUGUUUCGGCCUGUAUGUUUAUUGCAUCCUUCGCCCUUAGCUGGGGUCCCUUGGGUUGGGUUGUCGUUGGAGAACUGUUCCCUCUCCGAACUCGUGCCAAGCAAGCGUCUCUUGCGACAGCGAGCAACUGGCUUGGAAACUUCCUCAUCAGUUUCCUCACCCCCUUCGCUGACGACGGUAUCUCUUACUCCUUUGGAUACGUCUUUGCUGGAAUGAACUUCAUCGCGGCCAUCAUAACCUGGUGCUUCCUCUACGAGUCCAAGACUCUGAGCCUUGAACACAUCGACCUGAUGUACAGUCUUCCAGAUUUGAAGGCUUGGAAGAGCACAAGCUGGACGCCACCAGGUUACAUCACCCGUAGAGAGCGCGACGAGGCUUAUUUCCGCGAGAUGGGCAACAACAAGGAGAGCGAGAAGGAGGUUAUUCACAGCGACAGUCUUACCGAAUAG